CUCUGAGUCCAGGUCUGGAGCACCGCGGGAGGCAGGCGCGUUCGCACUGUCUGAAUCCAUCUCUUCUCGGGUCUCUUUCGCCUCAGCUUCCGCGGAUAAACCAGCAGCCGCUCUCCACCUCCGGCUCUGGGCACGCUGCUCCCGCCAAUCCUUGCUUACAUAACGCCGGCGAGCGCGCUCCCGCCGCCUCACCCCCCAGCGGAGUUGGGUUGGGCUCUCCGCGCCUCCUCGACGAGCGCCUCCGCGCGCCCUUGUGCCCCGCACUAGGAGGUGACACUCCUUGGCCACCCAGCAGCGGCAGCAGCCGGGACGCCUCUCCGCCCGCUUGAGAACACAGAUUGGAGACGAAGGCUCUUCACUGUGCACAACUCCCUCCCCUCCGCCUCCCUCCUCCUCCCGCUGUCUCUUCCUCUCCCUCCGCCCCCCCCCCGCCCUCCUUUACCCCCUCAACCCCCCCCAAUCCCGGUGCCUGUGUGUGUUCCGCACAGGCGAGGGGACCAGAAGAGCAGUCCAGGCUCGGCGCACGGCGGAGCUGCGGCUGCUCCUGCUGCUGGGAGAGCGGCGAGGUGUCCGCCUUGCGCCUCCCCGGACUUCCCAAGUGGGGGCAGAGCAGCCGCUCACGGAGCCGCCAGUUAGAAGGCAUAGGGAAAGAGGAACCUCCAAACUCCUCCUCAGCGUCUCCUCUCCACCCUCGUUUGGCCCCUGCCCUUGGAGAAAGUGGAGUGUCGCGCUCGGUCAUCAUUAUUUCUUCAGUUUCGCGGUGCACGAUUCAACUGCUGCCCGGUGGGGCUUUCCGCUGUUGGCGCGCCUCUGUGUGUAGUUGCCCCCGACACACCUCUGUCGACGAUGAGGAAAGGUCUGCGGGCGACAGCGGCCCGUUGCGGACUCGGACUGGGGUACGUGCUGCAAAUGCUCGUGCUACCUGCCCUGGCCCUGCUCAGCGCCAGCGGCACCGGCUCGGCGGCUCAAGACGAUGACUUUUUUCAUGAACUCCCAGAAACCUUUCCGUCUGAUCCACCUGAGCCUCUGCCACAUUUCCUUAUUGAGCCUGAAGAAGCUUAUAUUGUGAAGAAUAAGCCUGUGAACCUGUAUUGUAAAGCCAGCCCCGCCACCCAGAUCUACUUCAAGUGCAAUAGUGAAUGGGUUCAUCAGAAGGACCACAUAGUAGAUGAGAGAGUAGAUGAAACCUCUGGUCUCAUUGUCCGUGAAGUGAGCAUUGAGAUUUCACGCCAACAAGUAGAAGAACUCUUUGGACCUGAAGAUUACUGGUGCCAGUGUGUAGCCUGGAGCUCUGCGGGCACCACCAAGAGCCGGAAGGCCUACGUGCGCAUCGCAUAUCUACGUAAGACAUUUGAGCAGGAACCCCUGGGAAAGGAAGUAUCCUUGGAACAGGAAGUCUUGCUCCAGUGUCGACCACCUGAAGGGAUCCCAGUGGCUGAGGUGGAAUGGUUGAAAAAUGAAGACAUCAUCGAUCCUGUUGAAGAUCGGAAUUUUUAUAUUACUAUUGAUCACAACCUCAUCAUCAAGCAGGCCCGCCUCUCAGAUACUGCAAACUAUACUUGUGUUGCCAAAAACAUUGUUGCCAAAAGGAAGAGCACAACUGCAACUGUCAUAGUCUAUGUAAACGGAGGCUGGUCCACCUGGACAGAGUGGUCUGUGUGUAACAGCCGCUGUGGACGAGGGUAUCAGAAGCGCACAAGGACCUGCACCAACCCAGCCCCCCUCAAUGGUGGUGCCUUCUGUGAAGGUCAGAGUGUGCAGAAAAUAGCCUGCACCACGUUGUGCCCAGUGGAUGGCAGGUGGACCUCAUGGAGCAAGUGGUCUACCUGUGGGACCGAGUGCACGCACUGGCGCAGGAGGGAGUGCACAGCGCCAGCCCCCAAGAACGGAGGCAAGGACUGCGAUGGCCUCGUCUUGCAAUCCAAGAACUGCACUGAUGGGCUGUGCAUGCAGACUGCUCCUGAUUCAGAUGAUGUUGCUCUGUAUGUUGGCAUUGUGAUAGCUGUGAUAGUUUGCCUGGCCAUUUCUGUAGUUGUGGCUCUCUUUGUGUAUCGGAAAAAUCAUCGUGACUUUGAGUCUGACAUCAUUGACUCUUCCGCACUCAACGGAGGCUUUCAGCCUGUGAACAUCAAGGCAGCAAGGCAAGAUCUCCUGGCGGUACCCCCAGACCUCACAUCAGCUGCAGCCAUGUACAGAGGACCUGUCUAUGCCUUGCAUGAUGUCUCGGACAAAAUCCCAAUGACCAACUCUCCAAUCCUGGAUCCACUGCCUAACCUGAAAAUCAAAGUGUACAAUACCUCAGGUGCUGUCACACCCCAGGAUGACCUCUCUGAGUUUGCAUCAAAGCUGUCCCCUCAGAUGACCCAAUCCUUGUUGGAGAAUGAGGCCCUCAACCUGAAGAAUCAGAGUCUAGCAAGGCAGACAGACCCAUCCUGCACUGCGUUUGGCACCUUCAACUCCCUUGGGGGUCACCUUAUUGUUCCCAAUUCAGGAGUAAGCUUGCUGAUUCCCGCUGGGGCCAUUCCCCAAGGGAGAGUCUACGAAAUGUAUGUGACUGUACACAGGAAAGAAAAUAUGAGGCCACCCAUGGAGGACUCCCAGACACUCUUGACUCCUGUGGUGAGCUGUGGGCCUCCAGGAGCCCUACUAACCCGCCCUAUCAUCCUCACUAUGCAUCACUGUGCAGAUCCCAGUACUGAGGACUGGAAGAUACAGCUCAAGAACCAGGCAGCACAGGGACAGUGGGAGGAUAUAGUGGUGGUUGGAGAGGAAAACUUCACCACCCCUUGCUACAUUCAACUGGACGCAGAGGCCUGCCACCUCCUCUCCGAGAACCUUGGCACCUACGCCCUGGUUGGGCAGUCCACCACCAAAGCAGCUGCAAAGCGCCUGAAGCUGGCCAUCUUUGGGCCACUCUGCUGCUCCUCUCUGGAGUACAGCCUCCGGGUCUACUGUCUGGAUGACACCCAGGAUGCCCUAAAGGAAGUUCUGCAGCUCGAGAGACAGAUGGGAGGACAGCUCCUAGAAGAACCUAAGGCUCUUCACUUCAAAGGCAGCAGCCACAACCUGCGCCUGUCCAUUCAUGACAUUGCCCACUCCCUCUGGAAGAGCAAGCUGCUGGCCAAGUACCAGGAAAUUCCUUUCUACCAUAUCUGGAGUGGGUCUCAGAGAAACCUCCACUGCACGUUCACUCUGGAAAGAUUUAGCCUGAACACAGUGGAGCUGGUCUGCAAGCUGUGUGUGCGGCAGGUGGAAGGAGAAGGGCAGAUCUUGCACCUCAGCUGCACCGUGUCUGAGGAACCUACUGGCAUCGAUCUGCCUCUGCUGGAUCCAGCCAGCACCAUCACCACCAUGACGGGCCCCAGCGCUUUCAGCAUCCCUCCGCCGAUCCGGCAGAAGCUCUGCAGCAGCCUGGACGCCCCGCAGACCAGGGGUCAUGACUGGAGGAUGCUGGCCCACAAGCUAAACCUGGACAGGUACUUGAAUUACUUUGCCACCAAGUCAAGCCCAACUGGCGUCAUCCUGGAUCUUUGGGAAGCGCAGAACUUCCCCGAUGGAAACCUGAGUGUGCUGGCAGCUGUCUUGGAAGAAAUGGGAAGACACGAAACAGUAGUGUCUCUCGCAGCCGAAGGGCAGUAUUGACCCAGGCUGGGGCUGAAAGUGCAGGACGAGAAUCACAGGGGCUGCGGCCGCCCAGGGGAGUGCGGCUGAGCAGGAAGCCCAGCCAGGACCAGUGAGCGCCACAGGCCAGGCCACGGCGGAGAGAAGGCGGGCAGGCGACUGCCGCUACCCAUGGCCGCCCGGCUUGGACGUCGUCACCGGAGUUAAGAACAGUUGUACAAAUGUGUAUCUUGAAUUUAGAAAUCAACCUAAUUUUCCUCUUAGUUGGGCUGUAUGCUGUGUGGUACAGGAUCUUACAGUUUCCUAGGAAACGCUUUUUAUUGCUAUCCAGAUAUAUGGAUAAACUUUCUUAACAAACCCAGUUUCUACAAACGUUGUUUACAUCAAAUUGGACAGGGAUGCAGACAUUGUCCAUGGCUCGUUCUAUUUUUGUUUAAAUCAUUUGGAGUUGAAGCUGUGGAUGGUUUGCUGUGUCUCUCUCAGAUUAGUAACUUACAGAGACAUCACAGACUUUUCCUACAAAUCGUGUGCAUCAAGUGUCUCAGAUAACCUUCCCGUCAGUGUUCUGUUUCUAGAACUUGUAGAACCCGUGUUACUGUCUGUAUCAGGGACGUGGAGAAUCUAAGUGUAAAGGAGAAAUAGCUAAGCCGCCUUAUUCCCUGAGGGCGCCCACCUCCUGCCCUCGGGGAGUAAAGCUGUAGCCUCGCAGGAAGACAGUGAUUCAUGUUCAGCCACACGAACAAGCGUUUCUUCACAACAUGUGUGUUUGUAAUAUGCAAUUUGAAGUGUUUUUUUAAAGGUAUUAUCAUUAUUAUUAUUGAUGAGUAUUUACAAGUAUUCUAGUACAAGGAUUUUCUUUAACUUCUGUUUUGUUAGCAGUACUGUUAGCGUUUAGCUAUUGACUAGAUCCGCGCACCUUCUCACGCAACAGGGUGGGCGUGGUCACCAUUUUAAUUAAACAGGCGUCGCUUCCUUGACCUCUUACCUUUCUCCCACCGCUCUGUCCUGGAAAGGUGUCAUGCGUGCUGACUUCCACGUGCUCAGGAAGGGGCUUUGUCCUGAGUCUUGUCAUGGGACGCACCUCCAGGAAGGCUCACUCGGUAUUGUGGUCACGUGGCCCCACACGCCGCCCGUUGGUCCUCUGUCUGCUGUGGAGGCAGUGUGGUUGGAGGGACAGCUUCUGACCUGGAAAUCAGGAAACCAGUUCUCAUUCUGGGUUUCUUGUUGCCUAGCUGUGCUACCUUGGGAGAGUCGUUUACCCUCACUGGACCUCAGUCUCCUCACCUGUAGAAGGAAGGGGUAGGAUUAGAUCCACUCAAGAUUCAAAAAUGCUGGACUUCCACUGUGAUGCCUCCGGUCUCAUUCAUCACUGUGAAGACCACAAUGGACGCUGACCUGGAUCAUUUAAAGAAUCACCCUGUCUUUUGCCCAGGCUACGUUAUGCCUUUCAAGUAGCUCCAACUUUGAAGAUGAUUAUUCUAACUUGUAACAUAUUUGUUAUGCUUUCAAGUCUCGUCUUUGUGUCAUUGCAUCAUGCUGUUCACCCGGAGAUGACAUCCCUUAAUCAUCACUUUCUUUCCUCUCUUGGGACCACUUGCCUUUCUGACUAGUUGCAAAUUAUGUUCUAUUACUGUUUUGGUUAAAAAUUUUUUAAUUAAAAAAAUUUUUUAACUGAAAAA